AUGAGUGAUUGGGGCAGCCAUGGAGAUGGACAUCCGGAUAAUACUAGGACGCCCCUAAUUGUUUGGGGGUCUGGAGUUGCGAAGCCGAGGACGGCUAAGAGUGGCAAGGCGCCGGGUCAUGAAGAUGGCUUCUCGAGUGACUGGCAGCUGGAUCAUAUCUACCGCCAUGAUGUUGCUCAGGCAGACAUCGCAUCACUUAUGGCGUACCUUGCCGGCCUGGAAUUUCCUGUCAAUUCUGUUGGAGAGCUUCUGUUAUCAUUUCUGGGCGCUACUGAUGAGCAGAAAGCAAAGGCUCUGCUCGUUAAUGCGAGAGAGAUUUGGGAGAUGUAUCGUAUUAAGGAGCGCGAGAAGAUGGCUGAAGUUCUACAUUACAAGCCUUACCCUGGCUUUGCUGAAACUAGAAUCGAGAAUCGUCUCGCAUCCAUUGAGGGACUCAUCCAGGAACAAGAUUACACAGCCGCAAUACAACAAUCUGACGAUACAUUAAGAUUGCUCUGCAAGUCGGACUGGUUGCUAUUGCAGUUUUUGUCACGAGGUCGAGUGUGUAUUCUCUGA